UUAAAUAAUUAAAUAGCAACAUUUCUAUGCUUUUUCCUUUCCUACACCCACUCUUCAUCAAUUCUUCAUUAGGGUUACCCAAAAGCUUCUAACUUUCUGUUUGGAAGCAGAGAAAAUUUCACGACUUGGAGGAGAAACAAAAGAGAGAGCAGCUGCUGUUAGUGAUGCUUGAGUAAUGGACACUGCGAAUCAGCAGAGGCUGCAAGCAAGAACCUUUGAUGAUGAUGAUGAUGAUGAAGCCCAACAGCAGCAACAACAGCAACAAAAAACUGUGCUUGUUCCCAUGCAGGUGAAUGGUGCGUUGAACCCUUUUGAUGGAGGUUCUCACGAGGUGGAAGAAGCUUUCGUGAGUUCUGGGUUGUCUUCUACUGCUACUUCUGUUCAGCCAAGAACCAGUGAGCUCACCAUUGCAUUUGAAGGCGAGGUUUAUGUUUUCCCAGCGGUUACCCCAGAAAAGGUGCAGGCUGUAUUGUUACUCUUGGGAGCCCAAGAGAUUCCCAGGAUUGCUGCCAGCUCUGAUUCUUCGUUGCAGCAGAAUUGUCAGCAGAUUAUGGGAAUAAAUGAUGCUUCCCGAGGCUCAAAGGUUUCACGAAGAAUUGAAUCACUUGUAAGGUUCCGUGAAAAGCGAAAAGACCGAUGCUUUGAGAAAAAAAUCCGGUACACUUGCCGUAAAGAGGUUGCCCAGAGAUGGUUGGCUGUUUAUUCACAGUCUAUUGAACGUAGAUGUCAGCAUUGUGGAACUAGUGAGAAGUCAACUCCAGCUAUGCGUCGAGGACCUUCUGGUCCAAGAUCUCUGUGCAACGCCUGUGGUCUUAUGUGGGCAAAUAAGGGAACUCUGAGAGAUCUCAGCAAAGCAUCAAGAGUCACUUUUGAACAAAAUGGACUGGAUACAUCAGCUGAUAUAAAACCUUCACCAACAGAACCAGAGAACUCUUCUCCUGACCAGAACGAGGAUAUCUGCCUAGAGGAAGCCAAACCUGUGCCAAUAGAUUCGAGACAGUCACCUGAGAGGAACAAUGAUCAGUAUACACUUGAUACUGCGGAAGCCGUUACCAACGAUUCAUCUAUCCAAAUGGAGAAUAAUGCUCUCAGCAUACAUCAAGAGGAUAAUAAACUUGAAGAUUUUGCUGACGCUUCUGGGACAGAAUUUGAUAUUCCUGCCUGUUUUGAUGAGCAGGUUGACAUUGACAUUGAUGAUUCCAACAUGAGGACUUACUGGCUAUGAUCUGGGGAUAUGCCACCAGAGAAUUGCCAAUUAUCCACACAUGCAUUUUCUGUGAUACAACCUAAUACGCUAUGCUGCUUCAACUAACAUAGGACUUCUGGGGAUGGUUUGUGUUUUAUAGACAAAUUAUUUCUGGAAGCAAUGUGAAUUAUGACUGUAGAA